GGCAUUUCUCGCGCGCCUUCCAGACCGGCAACCCGGCCAACGCGACGCAUCCAUUCCUUCGACGUUAGAUCGAGUCUUAUCGAGACUGUUGCUCAGAUCGCGUGCAUUAGGAAUCGAAGAACAAAGGGGAAGAAAUAUAUCGUGUAAAUUUGUCGCUUCGUCUGUUGGUUAAGAGACGGCUUGUUCGAAAUGGACCAUUAGUUUUUGUCGUUUGUGCGAGACAAAGGCGUCGAGACACAAAGGACUGACGCUUUCGAGCGAGAUUUCAGGAAACAAACGACCUCGUAUGGACCUUCUAGUGGAAACUGUUCAGCCACUGUGAUCGUUGUUCCGAAGUGGAAGUGUAGAGGAAAAAAGGAAGGACGAGUUGCGGACGAAAUGAAGUUCAAUGGAAGAGAGUAGAGUCGACCGGGACUUAAUUAUUGGUUUCGGGAGUUCGGCAGAUCGAAGUGGUUGAUGGAUCGAUAGAUCGAACGUUAUAGUGACGAAGUUUCCGCGUGCCGUCCGGUGAAUCUCUUUUAUUGGUCCCAUAAAUCGCAACUAUGACAGGAAUCUCUCGUUGUUGACACAGCACGUAAGGAGGGACGCUGCUCGGCAGACGAUUUAGCGCUAUCUGAUCGGACACCGGCCAACAGGCCGGAGUGAUGCGAUCCACGCAGGAGUAAAGCAAACGACGUUGGAAAAUGGGACUCGUUCGACGGACGAAGCUGCUUCCAAGCCGAACGAUGGCGUCCCUGUUACCAUUGCUGCUGCUGGCAGUAUUACCGAACGUGCGAUUAGAAUCAGCGAUCAGUCCAGUGAGCAACGUGGGCUCGGUAUCGAGCGGUUCUUCGUCCUCCUCUUCUUCUGCCUCGUCGUCGUCGAUGGUAGGCGUCGUGCCUGGCAGUGGCUCGGCUUCCGGUAGCAUGGUUGGUUCUGGUAACAGCGUGGUUGGAGGUGGAAGUAGCGGCGUUGGACACUCGUCUUUAGGCGGUGGAGCUGUUAACGGAAACGGUCGAUGCGAGGAGAUCACGAUCCCAAUGUGUCGUGGAAUCGGUUACAAUCUAACGGCCAUGCCGAACGAAUUGAAUCACGACAACCAAGAGGAGGCUGGCUUAGAGGUGCAUCAAUUCUGGCCAUUGGUCGAAAUCAAAUGUUCGCCAGAUUUGAAAUUCUUCCUCUGUUCGAUGUAUACCCCGAUAUGCUUGCCCGAGUACACUAAACCUCUUCCAGCUUGUAGAAGCGUUUGUGAAAGAGCACGGGCUGGUUGCGCACCGUUGAUGCAACAGUAUGGAUUCUCCUGGCCAGAGAGAAUGGCCUGUGAAAGAUUGCCAGCCCAUGGUGACCCGGAGAACUUGUGUAUGGAACAGGACAAUCGUACUAGCAGCACCGGGUAUGGAUCCGGAAACGGAGGAGCCGCGAGUAGCGCCCCUUUACCAGCAGCAGCGCCACCACGCCCAACCAUAAGCAUCGGCCGGAGCAUCAUUCAGGACAUUGCCGGAGUACCGAACUGCGCUCUCCCGUGCCACGGGGCGUUUCUCACCCCCGAAGAGCGAGGGUUCGCGGCCGUGUGGCUGGCUCUGUGGAGCGGCCUGUGCGCCGCAAGCACGCUCGUGACCGUCACCACGUUUCUGAUCGACACCCAGCGCUUCAAGUAUCCUGAGAGACCGAUAGUGUUCCUGUCAGCCUGCUACUUCCUCGUAUCGAUAGGUUAUCUAACGAGAAGCGUGUUCGGCCACGAGGAGAUAGCCUGCGACGGGCCAGCGUUGAAGUCGAGGGCACAGGGUCCGGAAGCUUGCGUAGCCGUCUUCCUGAUGAUCUACUUCUUCGGCAUGGCGUCCUCGGUCUGGUGGGUGAUCCUCGCGUUCACGUGGUUCCUCGCGGCAGGACUGAAAUGGGGCAACGAAGCUAUAGCCUCGUACUCCCAGUACUUCCAUCUAGCAGCUUGGCUGGCACCAGCGGUUCAAACUUUCUCGGCGUAUCUAGCGGGGGGAGUAGCAGGGGAUCCAGUAGCAGGAGUCUGCACGGUAGCUCCGGAUGGAAUAAAAUCCUUCAUUCUGGUACCGUUAUUCGUGUAUCUUCUACUGGGGACCAGCUUCCUUCUGGCGGGUUUCGUGAGCCUGUUCAGAAUUCGAUCGGUGAUAAAGCGACAACCAGGAGCGAAAGCGGACAAACUGGAGAAACUGAUGAUACGAAUCGGCGUGUUCAGCGUUCUAUACACGCUACCAGCCGGAGUAGUGUUGGCCUGUCACAUGUACGAAACGUCGUUAAGAAACGAGUGGCUCGAUUCGUUGGCUUGCCCGUGUCGGCCAAGGGCAAGACCUCUCUACUCCGUCCUGAUGCUCAAGUACUUUAUGGCGCUCGCGGUAGGCAUCACGUCAGGCGUGUGGAUCUGGAGCGGCAAAACCGUCGACUCGUGGAAACGUCUGUGGAGGCGCUUGUUCAGCGGCGGAAGCGGCGGAGGCGGUCACGGAGGCGCCGGUAUGGUAGCAGGCGUGACUGGCGUCAGCGGAGGAAUCGGCAGCACCAGCAUCAAGGGCGUCGUAGGACGUGUCGGAGUGCCGUAUCCACCGGCACCUGGCCCUGGAAGCGCUCUACUCCCACCUGGCAGCGUGGCAAGCGCGUCCCAACACCAUCUCCAUCAUCACGUCCUCAAACAACCUCCUCUGUCGCACGUAUGACGUCACCAGUCGGCGGGGGGCGACAUGAACACCGCGGGCUGCGACCAGCAGCAACAACAGCAGCAAUCGGUGCAACAGGAGAGGCCUUCCGCCCUUAGUAACUACGGGCCCAUUUAGCCCUUCGCCUCGGCCUCGCGCAGGCAUACGCCGCACACGGCGCCACACACGG